AUGGCUCGAAGCGUCGCGAGUAAGAUGUCCUGGGAAAAGUACGUGCUUCGUCCCGUCCAGGGUGCACCGCCCGUGGUGCUGCCGACCUUCAUUUACGGCACCGCGUGGAAAAAAGAUCACACGACGGAAUUGGUGUAUCAGGCCUUGCAGUCUGGAUUCCGCGCGGUGGAUACCGCUGCCCAACCGAAGCAUUAUCGUGAGGACUUGGUCGGAGAAGGCAUCCGCAGGGCGAACCGCGACGGCACCGUCCGACGAGAAGACCUCCAUAUCCAAACCAAAUUUACGUCAGUUCAUGGACAGAGCCCGGACAACAUGCCGUAUGAUCCGAAUGACUCGGUGACGCAGCAAGUCCAUGCCUCCGUCCGGUCUUCUUUCCGACAUCUUCGUCCGUCCGAGGAGGCAGAGAGCGCCGAUGAGGCGUAUAUCGACAUGCUCAUUCUUCACUCGCCUUUGUCGACGAUGGAGCAGACCCUAGAGGCGUGGUCGGCUUUUGAGACCUACGUGCCCCAUCGCAUCCGGAAUCUAGGCAUCUCCAAUUGCACGCUGCCUGUCCUGAAGGAGCUCUCCUCACUGGUCUCGGUGCAGCCGGCGGUGGUGCAGAAUCGCUUCUACGGGGGCACGCAGUUCGACGUGCCGCUGCGGUCGUUCUGCCGGGCAAACCAGAUCAUCUAUCAGAGCUUCUGGACCCUGUCUGCAAAUCCGGAGUUAUUGCGUUCUGAGGUCGUCCAGCUGCUGGCCAGCCGCACGGGCAUCGGACCAGCCGCCGCUCUGUAUAGUCUGGUGCUGAGUCUGGGGAAGACGACGGUGCUCAACGGGACGACGAAGAGAGCUCACAUGGAGGCGGAUCUGGCUGCUCUGCGGACGGUCGAGGCGUUUGCGGAGGAACACCCCGAGAUGUGGCAGCGGAUGGUAGAGGACUUUCAAGGGCUCACUGGGGACCAUGUAGAGAUGGAGUAA